AUGGCCCAAGCUGAAUCAAUCAGCACGUUACGGCGGAGACGAGGCGUCCUAGCCCGUCGACUUGCAACCAUAAGGCGCGAACUCGAUGAGUACGAAGCGUCUGGGAAGGCAAACAGAAUCUUCCUAGCAUCUUGCCGCAGCUCGUUCGAUGAGCUUUGGAGGAGGAUACUCGAGGUUCAAGAAGAGUUAGGUGUGGUAGAUGAGGGGGAAGAUGCGCGGGUAGAUUCGUUAUCGCAAGAGCAUCGGGAGCUUGACAUGCGGUUCCGAGAGCUCUUUGAGCAAAUAUCAGCAACAACCCCGUCGACUACAACAAGAGGUGAGACGUGCCGGAAACCAGAGCCGACCACCGUUCCAGAGGUCCGCGUGCCCCAAUUCGACGGUGCCCUCGAGAAUUGGACCUAUUUCUACGACACGUUCACAUCCAUAGUGGACCGUAACGAAGGUUUGACGAAUGUCCAAAAGUUCCAGCAUCUACGCUCAUCUAUAACUGGACGGGCCACACAGAGUAUCCAGUCAUUAGAACUCACAGAGGCCAACUAUUCCAUCGCGCUUGAUACACUGAAGGACAAGUUCAAUUGCCCCCUCCAAAUCUGCAUGCGCCAUUGGAAUCUGAUGCGUAAUUAUCCGGAAAUCAAAAAGGAAACUCCAGAGGCCCUAGAGGAUUUGUUGGAAACCAUCAGCGUAAAUCUAAAGGCGCUCGAACAUCUAAAGGAGCCCGUCACUUCAAACAUAGCGAUGAUCGAAUUGAUCGCGUCGAAGUUGCCCGCGUCCAGCCUGCGUAAAUGGCAACGCACACUGCCCCGCCAAAAGGUGCCAUCCUAUCAGCAUCUGAUAGACUUUCUCAAAACACGGGCGAACGGGACUCAAUUCCUCUCUAAAGAGAAGGAAUCAAAAGGGUCAACACACAAACACCGCAGUCAGCGAACAACCAUACCGCAUGGGCGAACCCUUGCUACAACCAGCAGAACGGUGGUGUGUCCGACCUGCAACGGACAUCACGAGAUCAGACACUGCAAAAUAUUCAAGGCCAAAUCAGCGACCAAACGUUUUCAAAUCGUGAAGAAGGCAUCGUUGUGCAUAAAUUGCCUAGGCACAGGACAUUCGCCGACACAGUGUACAUCGGCACAGAUCAAGGUUUUGAACAAACAGGCACAACCAAUCCGAGCCCGAGCCUUACUCGACACUGGGUCGAGCAUGAACUUCAUGACCGACAGGCUCGCGAACUCCCUCGGUAUAAGGCAAAGGAGAUGUGCGAUCCAGAUCGGAGCCCUCGACAAUUUGAGCACCACGGCAAAACGUUACACCACGGCCACCAUCACGUCGACGGACGGCGAGUACAAGAAGACAUUGAGAUUUCUUGUUAUCCCGGCCAUAUCGAUCCUCGUACCAAGCGAGCCCAUCGAUCCCUCGAGUCUGGGAUUACCCAGAAAUAUUCAUCUAGCCGAUCCACAGUUCCAUUGCCCAGCCCCGAUCGAUGUCUUACUUAGUACCGGAUCAACAUUCGCGUCGCUGUGCAUCGGGCAGGUCAAUCUGGCACAACCAGGCGAACCUGAACUACGUCUACAAAAAACACGCUUCGGCUGGGUAAUCGGGGGGAGUCCCACGUCCCAAACCGCGAUAAAUACGUUCCACGCAACCACAACGGCUCUGCAAGAGGACCUCGCACGGUUUUGGGAGAUCGACGAGGGACAGGCCACUACUCAUCUUUCGGAAUCGGAACGACUAUGUGAAGAACAUUUCCGAAACCAUGUCCGACGAACCAAGGAAGGCAGAUACAUCGUUGCAUUACCGUUCAACGAAAAGCUUUCCUCACUAGGGUCAUCGAAGGCCACUGCAAUGAGCAGGCUCGCCUCUCUUCAUCGCCGAUUCCAACGCGACAAACAAUAUGAAACCGCGUAUAGUGCUGUGAUUCAAGAAUAUUUAGACUUGGGUCACAUGACAAAGAUCAACAAGGAUCACGCCACCGACCACGGAUAUUAUUUACCACAUCACGGCGUGACCAAGGAAUCGAGCGACACCACCAAGCUACGGGUUGUGUUCGACGGCUCAGCUUCAAGUACCACGGGAGUGUCUCUAAACGACGCCCUUCAUACGGGUCCGAAAUUACAAGAAGACCUGAGGAACAUCCUAUUGAGAUUCCGGUCAUUUCAAUAUGUCCUUACCGGCGACAUCGAGAAGAUGUACCGCCAAUUCCUCCUACGUCCAGAAGAUCGUCCCUACCAAAAGAUUCUGUGGCGUGCCGACAACGGAGAGAUCGAAACUUACCGACUCAACACCGUAACGUUCGGUCUAUCCGCAGCCCCGUAUCUGGCCAUCCGAUGUCUCAAACAGUUGGCAGAGGACGAGGGACCUCGAUUUCCGAGAGCAGCACAGAUCCUACGGCGAGACUUCUAUGUCGACGAUGCGUUGACCGGAGCCGAUACGAAGGACGAAGCCCUAUCAAUCAGGAAUGAUCUCACGAGAUUACUUAAGCUAGCCGGUCUAAAUAUCCGCAAAUGGGCCUCAAACGAUCGGGAUCUGCUGAGAGGGCUACCUGAGGAAGACACCAAGCAGAAAUUACAUCUCGGUGAGUCAUCCACGUUAAAAACACUCGGCGUCUUUUGGGAUUCAGCCGACGAUACCAUACUAUAUUCGGUCAAGACGAACAGUGACACUUCCCGAAUCACAAAGCGAUCAAUCAGCUCAGUCAUCGCACAAAUAUAUGAUCCACUAGGAUUGCUCGCGCCGGUAAUCGUUCGAGCAAAAAUGAUUUUGCAACAAGUCUGGACAUUGAAGGUAGAUUGGGACGAAUCCCUUCCGUCAGACGUACACACAGCAUGGAUCAAAUACCACACCCAAUUGCCGUUGUUAAAUGCGGUAAGGUUCCCUCGGAAGACCAUCCUAGAAUCCGCAACGAAAAUUGAGCUCCACGGAUUCUGUGACGCUAGCGAAAGGGCAUAUGGGGCGUGCGUCUACGUGCGGACGACUGACCGAAAGAACAAUAUUUGGACUCGACUCCUCACGGCGCGGUCGAAGGUAGCGCCGCUCAAAUCGCUCUCCAUACCACGUCUCGAAUUAAGCGGGGCACUUAUUUUGACGUCCUUGAUUUCGUCAAUACAACAGGCCCUGACGACCAAGAUAUCGCGAAUAGUUUACUGGACUGACUCCACCAUCGUACUCCAUUGGAUCAGGUCUUCGCCGCACACCUUGAAAACAUUUGUGGCGAAUCGAGUCGCUGAGAUACAGACCAAGACCAAUAUCUCCGACUGGCGUCAUGUGCCUACCGACGAUAAUCCAGCGGAUCUCAUCUCCCGAGGCCAGACGCCCAAGGAAUUCCUAUGUCCGUCCAUUUGGAAAAACGGGCCAAGGUGGCUCCUGCAAAGCGAAAGCUAUUGGCCGGUUUGGAGCCCGAUACCGGUAGUCGACCUCCCGGAGCAAAAGAAGACGAUCUGUCUGAGGACGAGUGUUAACGACAACACUCUCCUCCAUCGCUACUCGUCUUGGCCAAGACUAAUAAGAAUCGUCGCCCGGUGUCUUCGAUGGAGACAUAAGCAACACCGAACUGCCCAUCUCACCACAGACGAACUGACCGCAGCGCACAACAGGCUAAUAAAAAUCUUACAAUCCCAGCAUUUCGCGCCUGAAAUUCGGAUCCUCCAAAAAAAUCGAAGCGAGGACGUUGGAGGGAAACUACAGCCAUUAAACCCCUUCCUCGACGAAGAUGGGCUACUCCGGGUAGAGGGGCGACUGACCAACUCCGCCAUACCCUUCAGCCAAAAACACCCGAUCAUCCUACCGAAAUCCCCGGUGACAGAGCUGAUUAUCGAGCAAGAGCACCGGAACAAUCAUCACACAGGGACCCAAGCUACCCUAUACGCGAUGAGACUGCGCUAUUGGCCGAUCGACGGCCGUAGCCAGGUAUGGCGCACUCUCAGAAGGUGCGUCCGCUGCUGCAGAGCCAACCCUCCACCAGUGGAAUACUUGAUGGGUGAUUUGCCAGAGGCGCGUAUUACCGAAUCGCGGCCGUUCACGAACGUCGGAAUCGACUACUGCGGCCCAUUCUACAUCAAGGAGAGGAGGGACCGCAACCGACGUAAAAUCAAGACGUACGCCGCCAUAUUCGUUUGUCUGGCGACAAAGGCGGUCCACAUAGAGUUAGUCAGCGACCUAACCACCGACGCCUUCUUGGCCGCGCUACGCCGUUUCAUCUCGCGGCGAGGAUACUGCGCAACGAUCCUCACCGACAACGGCACCAAUUUCGUCGGGGCUAAUCAGGAGCUGCAAGAACUCCGGACCCUAUUGCAGUCCGACGACCACCAGGAUAGGGUACAGAAUUUUCUCGCCGACCGACAAAUACAAUGGCGUUUUAAUCCUCCGAACUCACCACAUUUUGGCGGCUUAUGGGAAGCCGCAGUUAAAUCGUUCAAACGCCAUCUCAUCCGCGUGGUCGGCACGGAGCUCCUGACCUUUGAACACCUCCACACCCUUGUGAUCGAAAUUGAGGCCAUUCUCAAUUCACGCCCACUGACUCCCAUCUCAUCCGAUCCGAAAGAUCCCCCUGUCCUCACUCCCGGUCAUUUUCUAAUCGGUGAUACCCUAACCAGUUUACGGGAGCGUGAUUUCAGGACAGUUCCAUCAGGACGGCUAUCCAGUUGGCAGCGCAUUCACCAGAUUAAGCAGCACUUCUGGAGCCGAUGGUAUCGAGAAUACCUAAACGAGUUAACCCGCCGCAGCAAAUGGGACAAGGGCAAACACAACAUUCAUGAAGGCACCGUAGUAAUCCUCAGGGAGGACAACGUGCCCUCUAUGCAGUGGCCUUUGGGCCGCGUAAUCAAGGUCCAUCCAGGAGCCGACGGAAUCAUCCGGACCGCUACCGUGCAGACGGCAACAAGCAUCCUGGACCGCGGCGUCAAAAGACUGGUCCCCUUACCCAUCCACCCAGAGCCAGACGAGGCCGAACGCCCACACGGAGCGAAGGAGGUCACCAACGACACCCCUGACUCCACCUUUAAUGAAAAUUUGAUCGUCCUUCCUGAUCAUCCGUCGGUACAUUUAGUGUCUGCCGCCGUAGCAGCUCCAGUUACAGGACCAUACCUUGGCGAAGUGACCAUACCGGACCUGGGCACCCCUAGUUACAUCUCCUCUUACCCAUUGGCGGGGGGUACACUUUUUUAA